CCUGCGUGCGGGGAGUGGGGCGGGACAGGACUAUGCGCCUGGAGAAGGAGGAAAAAAAAAAGACCAUAGACUUCCACCUAGGCCUAGAGCGGCUCUUAAAGUACUAGGGGGGAGAGGAGGGCGGUUGGGGACCACCUUCAGAACAGGCCGCCGGCGGUAUCAUGGCGACCCGGAACCCCCCUCCCCAAGAGUAUGAAAGUGAUGAUGACUCUUAUGAAGUGUUGGAUUUAACUGAAUAUGCGAGAAGACACCACUGGUGGAAUCGAGUGUUUGGCCACAGUUCCGGACCCAUGGUAGAAAAAUACUCCGUAGCCACUCAGAUUGUAAUGGGUGGAGUGACUGGCUGGUGUGCAGGAUUUUUGUUUCAGAAAGUUGGAAAACUUGCAGCAACUGCAGUAGGAGGUGGCUUUCUUCUCCUUCAGGUUGCCAGUCACAGUGGCUAUGUCCAGAUCGACUGGAAGAGAGUUGAAAAAGAUGUAAACAAGGCAAAACGGCAGAUUAAGAAACGAGCAAAUAAAGCAGCACCUGAAAUCAACAACAUAAUUGAAGAGGAUUAUUGCUGGGGUGAGAGACAGAGGAGGGAGAGAGGCAGAGAGGAGAGACACCUGCAGCCCUGCUUCACCACUCAUGAAACUUACCCCCUGCUGGGGGGAACCAGGGGCUUGAACCUGUGUCAUCACACAUGGCAACAGAAUUUAUCAAACAGAACAUUGUCAUAUCCAGUGGAUUUGUGGGAGGCUUUUUGCUAGGCCUUGCAUCUUAAGGCCAUAUCACAGUGGAGUCACCUGCGAGAAGAUAAAUGAAUGGUGGUGACAAGGUGGUCUCUCAACAUUACAUACUGUGCCACAUUCUCCAAGGAAAUGCAAAACAGCUAGCUGGACUCACAACUUCACAUUUUGUCAUCUGAAGCUUGGCAAUCUGUAGUAUCUGCUAUAAAACAACAUGUAUGGUAGGUGUACAGUAGUAUUCCUGAGCAAACCAUGGCUUUCAUUUUUUUUUUAAUUCACAUUUGUUUAGAAAUUAGCCUAUACAGUAGUAUCAUUGGCUAAAGAUAUGGAAAGAAAAAAAAUUCUGUUGAGUCAUCCCUUAGUAAAAAACUGUUCUUGUUUUAUUUAAAUAAAGUGUUCUUCAUUGUA